AUGUCGGGGCAGAGCAUUACCGACAGGAUAACCGCUGCUCAGCACAGCGUUACCGGAUCAGCAGUGUCCAAAACAGUGUGCAAGGCAACGACUCACGAAAUUAUGGGCCCAAAGAAAAAACAUCUGGAUUAUCUAAUCCACUGUACCAAUGAGAUGAACGUAAACAUCCCUCAGUUGGCUGACUCGCUGUUCGAAAGGACCACUAACACCAGCUGGGUGGUCGUCUUCAAAUCCCUCAUCACAACACAUCACCUCAUGGUUUAUGGAAACGAGCGUUUUGUCCAGUACUUGGCCUCUAGGAAUACGUUAUUCAACCUCAGUAACUUUUUGGAUAAGAGUGGGCUACAAGGCUAUGACAUGUCCACAUUCAUUCGGAGAUACAGCCGAUAUCUGAAUGAGAAAGCAGUGUCAUAUCGACAGGUGGCUUUCGAUUUUACAAAAGUUAAGCGUGGUGUUGACGGAGUGAUGAGAACUAUGAACACAGAAAAGCUGCUGAAAACCAUCCCCAUCAUCCAGAACCAGAUGGAUGCCCUGUUAGACUUCAACGUCAAUGCCAAUGAGCUCACCAACGGGGUCAUCAAUGCCGCCUUCAUGCUCCUCUUCAAAGAUUCAAUCAGACUCUUUGCAGCUUAUAACGAGGGGAUAAUCAAUCUCUUAGAGAAGUAUUUUGAUAUGAAGAAGAUUCAGUGCAAAGAAGGCCUGGAUAUUUACAAGAAGUUCCUCACCCGAAUGACUCGUAUCUCAGAGUUCCUCAAAGUGGCAGAGCAGGUGGGGAUUGACCGAGGGGACAUCCCAGACCUGUCCCAGUUUACCGUGUGUGCUCCCAGCAGCCUCCUGGAAGCCCUGGAGCAGCACCUGGCCUCUCUGGAGGGCAAGAAGGUGAAGGAUUCCACAGCGGCCAGCAGGGCAAGCACGCUCUCCAACGCUGUAUCGUCCCUGGCCACCACUGGCAUGUCCUUCACCAAGGUGGAUGAGAGGGAGAAACAAGCAGCCCUGGAGGAGGAGCAGGCCCGGCUGAAGGCCCUGAAGGAGCAGAGGCUGAAGGAGCUGUCUAAGAGGCCGUCGUUUGCCACCACAGACACGUCUCCAGUUUCCACGACGGCAGCCAGCAUCUGCACAGCCCCUGCCAUUGAUCUCUUUUCCACCCCCAGUUGUUCUAAUGGUGCACUGAAGAUGGACAGCGACCUCUUCGACUUGCAGACCACCUUCCAGCCGCCUGCGCAGGCUGGGCCCUCAGCACCCACACCAUGGGGAGAUCCUUUCUCUUCCUCUGAGGCUGUCGAUGACUCCAUCCCCAGUCUAAAUCCUUUCCUAACCAAACUCGUUGUCGAUCCUACUCAUCUGCCUGUCGUGUCAUCCGAUGGUGUUAGUUUUUCUAGGACAUCAGGUCAUGAGAUAUUUGGUGAUCAAUACAAUCCCUUUAUUGAUCCAAGUUCAUCUGUAUCAGCCAAUUACAAACGAGCAGUGCGGAUAGAACACUUUAUCGCAGACUCCUUCAGCCCAGCGUCCAUGGUCCAGCGUCUGCCAAACCCGUCCCCCUUCCAGACCGAGCCGGCAGCGGUACCAGGCCUGUUCCGAGGGUUUGGUGCACCUCCAGUUCCACCACCACACAGUACAGGGGAGCUUCAUGUUGACUUUGAGUCUGUUUUUGGAAACAAAGCUGCUUCCUCCAACUUGGACACUGAUGGUGGGAUCCUGAAGCCCACAGUGGCAGGGUCCAGUCAGCUUUCUUCUCAGCACCCAGAGAAGCUCGUGUCAGACGACCUGGAUUCCUCCCUAGCAAAUCUAGUUGGAAACCUAGGAAUAGGAAAUGGUACCACCAAAAACGAUAUCCACUGGAAUCAGCCUGGAGAGAAAAAACUGACUGGUGGAAUGAACUGGCAGCCCAAAGCUGCCCCCUCCACCACAUGGAACCCCGUCUCCAUGGCUCCGUCAGUAAUGGCCUUCCCAGCCACGACCCCGACAGGCUUGAUGGCGUAUGGCAUGACCCCACAGCUCCCCUCGAUGAUGUACACCCAGCCGGUCAUGAGGCCAAGCAACCCCUUCGGAUCCGUGUCUAGCGCACAGCCCUCUGCUGCCUCUAGCCCCUCCAGCCAGAGUCCUCUCAGAGCCCCCGGACAAGACCCCUUUGCACAGCUCUCUCUAAAGGAUUUCUUGUAGAACCUCAUCUUUCGUCUAGAUGCAGUUUAUGUAACACAAGAUGAAGUCACUCCCUGAAGUCAAAGCACCACGCAGAGAAGCUGUGUGCCCAUGCUCUUCAGAGGAACUAAACGUGUCUCUAACGUCAACUGGGCAGGAACUGAAGGUGUAAUAAGACUGGGAGCUUAUUGCAAUCAUUUUUGUACUGUGGCUGAAAUAUCAAGUGAUGCUGCUCUUCUACCCUGAUAGGGAUUCCUCAUACAUUUUAUAAUCUGUAAAGAUAGAUACAGGGGACUGAAAGACUUUAAGAUUUUUGGUGUAGAGAACUUCUAGUUUAAUGACCCUUCAUGCAGUUUUCUUUUACGAUCUUUUUUUAAGUGGGAGCGAAUGGGUCAGGGUUUCCCACUGUUCCAAUUCAGUCAGCUACUCCUAUAGUAUACAUUAGGAAGAAGAAGUGAUGUUUUACCUUGCCAUUUAGUUUCGUCUUUUUAAUUGUGUUCACAGGUAGACCUCUCUUGUGUGUUGUUUGUAUUUAUUUAUGGUUUUUGACUCAAAAAAUGAGAAUGUUUAUGAAGUACAUUGGAAAAACUUUAAAUAAUUCAACAUUACACAUGGGUGAUGGAUCGUAUAAGGGUGGUAAUUAGAAUUUUAAAAUAGCUAUGUGCAAAAUAAACCUGUAAGCUGACUCAUUAUAGAACACUAAAUAUUCUCUAAGUUUUGUGUCUAGAAAUACUUUGUAGAUCACGUGUUCACAAGCUAACAGUAUUGGGCGGAUAAACUUUAGAACCUGGUUUGUUGAUCUAUUUAGUCAUAACAGUGCCUAGGGUUUUUGCAAUGAGCUAUCGGACUAGCAAGUGGUUGCAAGGUAUUGCACUUGGGAAGAGAUGUGUUUCUGUAUUAUGCAUGGCAUGCCAUCCUUUCACAGUUUGAAAUGGCUGCCUCUGAGCUGAACCUCGGAGAAGAGUUGCCCUCGUGUUCUAGACCUCUAGAAAGCAAGCACUUCUCACCAGGGCUGCUAGCUGAAUGGGGAGCCGCUUGCCUCACGCGAUAUUGGUCAUGGACAAAGGUCAUAGUUAUCACUGUAUAUUUAUCGUGUAAAAUUUAAAAAAUAAUAAAAACAAGUCUUGAUAAAGAGAAAAUGUGAGCACCGUUGACCGGUGCUUUGUGUAUAUACUGAAUAGACUCUUCGUCUAGUUGGUUAGUAAAGGGUGGUUUGAAAUAUGAAGGCAAUUCAGUCAAAUCUGACUUUACCGACGAUCUACUGAAUAUUGUUGUCCUCACGGAUAAUUUUCUUUUGUUUACGUAUUUAAAAUAUGUAAGAAAAAUAGUGAACGUUUUCUUUUUCAAAUAAAGUGCA